AUGAGAGACAUUUCUCGAUUUGCUGAGAAUGAGUUGGAUAGAGCGCGGAAAAUGAUGCAAGAUCCGAAUAUGCCGAAUCAUCACCCGGAUAUGAUGGUCGAACAUCGUCACAUUGAUGGAGAACUUGUCGACGACUCUAAGGUCAGCCAUGAACCGCACCACCUCGUUGGCGAGGUGCACCAUGCCGAACAGGAGGUAGAUAACUGGGUUCUCGAUGAACGUAUGAAAAGAAUGAUCAUGGAUCUCCAACGACACUGGCUCACAGACUAUCAGCAGUCACGCGAAAAACUUCUAGUUGAAAUGACUGAAAAGCUUCAUCAAGAGUUCCUAUCAGACCAACAAAAAAUCCGUACCGAAUUGCUCACUCAGUUUAAGGACGAGCUGGAUACCACCAGGGCGGAGUUGGAGGACAAGUAUAGGGAAUCAUUAAAAAUUGAGAUUGCAAAAUUGGCGGACAAGCACAAAAGGGAACUCACAGCGGCAAAAAAGAAGCAAUGGUGUUGGCAGUGUGAAAGCGAGGCGAUUUACCACUGCUGUUGGAAUACCGCGUACUGCAGCGUGGAAUGCCAGCAAGGACACUGGGCGACGCACAAGAAAUUCUGUCGCCGUAAGAAGGGCCAGCAACAGGGGCAAAGCUCACAGAAUUCAGGGCAAAGUAAUCAGCAGUAA